UAGGGAGCCACGUAGGAGGAACGUUGAGUUUGUGAUAGGAAAAGCUUUCAACUGUUUGGUGGCUGAAACUAGAGGCAACUGCCAACCCCACAUAUCCAAACUCCAUCGCUCCGCAUUCGCCGGAAAAUUGACGUGGAAAUGCCGCAAGCACCGUCACUUCCCCGCCUCCACUCUCCCUUCCUCUCUUGCCCCCUCAAGCUCUCCACCUCCCCUUCUUCCUUACGCGUGCCCCACAAGUUUGCAGGAAAUCAACGGUCGCCAAAGUCGCAUCCAUGCAUCAGAGCCAUUGAUCUCGAUCAAAACACGGUAGUGGCAAUCUCAGUAGGGUUUGCGAGUGUUGCGGUUGGGAUUGGCAUUCCGGUUUUCUACGAAACACAGAUCGACAGCGCUGCUAAGAGAGACAACACUCAGCCAUGCUUCCCCUGCAACGGAACUGGCGCUCAAAAAUGCAGAUUCUGCACGGGGAGUGGGACGGUGACAGUAGAGCUUGGCGGGGGCGAGAAAGAAGUGUCCAACUGCAUCAACUGCGAAGGGGUCGGUUCGUUUACGUGCACAACGUGUCAGGGUUCCGGGAUUCAACCUCGGUACCUUGAUCGCAGAGAGUUCAAGGACGAUGACUGAUCGAGGUCAGCUGGGAUAUUCGAUUCUUUCUCUUACUUGUGUUUGUUGUUUUUCAUGACUUUCAUUUUCUUUAUUCUUCUCUGUACAAGAGUAUGCAAACAAAGAUACAAGGACCUAUUUUGUCGAAAGCGGUAUUCUAAACUAUGCUAAUCUAUUAGGAACGGAGUUUGAAUUUCGAUGAAA